UGAGCAUAUCGGUAUUUAGUUGUGAACCGUACACGGUCACACUGCGCUAGCAAAAUAACGUAUUUCCAAGUGUUGCUGACCAGGCCCCAAAGUUCCCUUCCUGCAUCAAAACCGAGGUCCAAGCGGCAAACGGUAUCCAAGAUCCAAGUUCUGUUCCAUUCCCAGCUAUUAAGUUGUCCAGUGCCGAGGGCCGGGAAAACCAAGUGAAACAAUAACACGACGGCGGAGGGGCGAGAGUGAGAACGAGAGAGAGCCCAGUUUGUUUUUGUUGCUGUGGUGUGAGUGAGUCAUGACGUUUCGGACGGCGUAGAAAAAGCCAGUUAAAAGUUAACCAUUGUGCGUUGCAUAAAGCGGGAGCAGCCGGACGUGCACUCCAGGAGCCGCAGCAGGAUUCGCCCUUCGCCAUUCGUCAGGACUUGCAACAGCUGCGCCCAUCCCGCACACAACUCACACACACACACUCGCUCAGGAGCAGUGGCACCAAGUGUCACACCACACACAUAAACACACACACAGGCAUUCAUAGCCACAGCGCACGCACACAGUCGCAGCAGGCAGUCUGUCGUCACAGUUGGCUACAUUUCGACUCGGAUUCCGAUUCGGAUUCGGAUUGAGUUGAGCAGCAACUUUCGCCGAACUCGAACCCAAGCUCAAACCCACUCCCACUCCGACCCUCAUAAUGGUGGACCGCCUGGUCAAUUCGGAGGCGAACACCCGACGUAUUGCCUCCGUGGAAAGCUGCUUUGGUAGCUCGGGAGUGCCGCUGGCGAUGCAGGGCCGCGUUCUUGUGGGCGAAGGCGUACUGACCAAGAUGUGCCGCAAGCGGCCAAAGUCUCGUCAGUUCUUCCUAUUCAACGACAUCCUGGUGUACGGGAACAUUGUGAUUGGCAAAAAGAAGUACAACAAGCAGCACAUAAUGCCUCUGGAGGAGGUAUCCCUGGAGUCAAUCGCCGAUAACCAGGCGUACAGAAACGGCUGGUACAUCCGCACCACUACCAAGUCCUUUGUGGUGUUUGCGGCCACCAGCACCGAAAAGCAAGAGUGGAUGGCCCACAUCAACAAGUGUGUGGAGGACCUGCUACGCAAAAGCGGCAAGAAGCCAGUGGAGAACCACGCUGCUGUUUGGGUUCCGGACACUGACGCCAGCAUCUGCAUGCAUUGCAAAAAGACGCAGUUCACCUUUAUCCAGCGCCGGCAUCACUGCCGCAACUGCGGUGCUGUUGUUUGCGCUGGCUGUUCGGCCAAAAAGUUCCUGCUGCCACAGCAGAGCACCAAGGCGCUGCGCGUCUGUGACGCUUGUUAUGAGCGCUUGAAGCAUGUGCCCACUUCCCUGGGUGUCGGCGAGGAUACGGCAGCUACCGGUGGUGCCUCCGGCAACAAGCUCAACACAACGGCCGGCGACAGCUCCAACGACGAGGAUUCGGACGAGGAGACGGCCUCCCCGGGCGGUGAAUCGCACGAUGAACCGCGCUUCUACGGCGACAACAGCGUGCUUUCCGCCGCCGACGACUCCUCGACGAUAACUUCGCCCUCCUCCGCCACCUCCGCGCCGGCGGCCGGAAGCUUGGAGGCUGCUCAGGCGGCCCACAGCGUACAGAGCUCCCCAGCUGCUGUCGCGACGUUGGGCAGCAACUGUUGAGCGGAUCAGAUCGUAAUUGAUUAUGCAAGACGAACAACGGAAGAGAUGCGAGCAGGAGGAGAUUAAGGAGAUACGCAAGAUGACGGUAUUCAAGGCGCGUCCAAAUCCAUUUAAAUAGUGCUCGAUGGAACCAGUCGACUACCAACCAUUUGAUAACUUUGUCCAAAUUUGAAUGAUGUAAAGUCGCUGCUACAUAUAAAUGUGUUUAUACCGAUACAUAUAUAGUUUUACCAGAUUAACACAAUUUUUGUCUCUAACAUUACUUUUACAUUAACGCGUAUUUCGUUACCUUUUUUUUUGGCGGAUAAGAAACCAAACUAAAAUUGUAUGUUUGACGGGAGGAUAAAACUAUAUGAAUUAUGUAUACAAUAUAAGCAAUUUGCAAUUGCUAUCUUUAACUGUUUUCUAUUUGUACAAAGCCGAAAAAAAACAAUAAAUUAAUACUGUAAAUUGAA